AUGUCUACUAGUGGAUCAGAAGAAGAUGUAGAUAACGAAGAUGACGACGAGGAGGAUGAUGAAGAUGAUGAUAAAGAUGAUGACGAGGACGAAAAUGAGAAGCAAAUUAAGGGUGUAGAUGACUCACUUGAUCAUCAAGAGGCUUCUGGUGGUCGACUUAGAUCCCGUUGCUCAACAGAACUAAGCAAUUUACGUAGACGCAGAAAGACUCGUCUACGCCGUGAACGUGGUGGCAAGUUUCGAUCUCCAUCAGAUAAUGCCAUUGGUGCUGGUGAUGGUAUCAUGAGUCCCGAGGAUGGUACUGCUGAAAAUGCAGGUGAUGCAGAAGCUGGCCAGCGCAGACUCACUAGCCGAUAUCCAAAAAAUGUAGGCCCAGGUAUUACCACGAGUAAUACUGCCCUGAGUAACCUUUCAAGCGCCCGAGUUGCUCGCUUAGAGGAAGAACGCUGUGAAGCUGUUCGAAGUCAAUGUGCUGUAAUUACCUUACUUCUUCACAGGUGGGUCGCCAAUACAUCGAUUCAUCUUUUUGAUAGAAUUUCUCAAAAUUUUGCUUUUUAUUCUUCCGACGGUCGCUUAUAUUACCUGGCCCUUUCAAGGCACGCUCGACUCAUUGCGUGCACUGCAGAGGGCUUGGAUGAAUUAGAUGCUCUCGGUCGCCUGGAAUCACCAGCUUCCACUUCAAGCUGCGGCCUAAAUCGCAAGCAAUUACAACACAUUGCCUUUUGGCUAAAAGGCAGGCUGAUUCAAAUUGCACUUCAGCCAGCAUCGACUCCAUCCUGA